GUCAGUCGGAUCCGAGAACGACGAUUGGCUUUCCUUGACUGUCCCUCAAGCGCCUCUCCGGAGAAGGUCUGAGGUGGGAGAAGAGCUGAAGAGACCUGGAGCCGACAGACGGGUGAAGGCCAUGCCGCCUCCUGGGAAAGUUCCCCGGAAGGAGAAUCUGUGGCUACAGUGUGAGUGGGGGUCCUGCUCGUUUGUGUGCUCAGCCAUGGAAAAGUUCUUCGAGCAUGUCACUCAGCACCUGCAGCAGCACCUGCAUGGCUCUGGGGAGGAGGAAGAAGAGGAAGAGGAGGAUGACCCACUUGAGGAAGAAUUCUCCUGCUUGUGGCAGGAAUGUGGCUUUUGUUCCCUGGACAGUUCUGCUGACCUCAUCCGCCAUGUCUACUUCCACUGCUACCACACCAAGCUGAAACAGUGGGGGCUGCAGGCCUUGCAAAGCCAGGCUGACCUUGGCCCCUGCAUCCUGGACUUCCAGAGCCGGAACGUCAUCCCUGAUAUCCCUGACCACUUCCUGUGUCUGUGGGAGCACUGUGAGAGUUCCUUCGACAAUCCUGAGUGGUUUUAUCGGCAUGUGGAAGCACACAGUCUGUGCUGUGAAUACGAAGCAGUUGGCAAGGACAACCCGGUGGUGCUGUGUGGCUGGAAAGGCUGUACCUGCACCUUCAAGGACCGCAGUAAACUUCGGGAACACCUCCGCAGCCAUACCCAGGAGAAAGUGGUAGCCUGCCCAACCUGUGGGGGCAUGUUUGCCAACAAUACCAAGUUCUUAGAUCACAUCCGUCGCCAGACCUCAUUGGAUCAGCAGCACUUCCAGUGUUCUCACUGUUCCAAGAGAUUUGCCACAGAGCGGCUGUUGCGGGACCACAUGCGCAACCAUGUGAAUCACUAUAAGUGCCCUCUGUGUGACAUGACCUGCCCGCUGCCUUCCUCCCUCCGCAACCACAUGCGCUUUCGUCACAGUGAGGACCGGCCCUUUAAAUGUGACUGUUGUGACUACAGCUGCAAGAAUCUUAUUGACCUCCAGAAGCACCUGGAUACCCAUAGCGAGGAGCCAGCCUACAGGUGUGAUUUUGAGAACUGCACCUUCAGUGCCCGAUCCCUCUGCUCUAUCAAGUCGCAUUACCGCAAAGUACACGAAGGAGACUCUGAGCCAAGGUACAAAUGUCAUGUGUGUGACAAAUGCUUCACACGGGGCAACAACCUCACCGUGCACCUUCGCAAGAAGCACCAGUUCAAGUGGCCCUCAGGGCAUCCCCGUUUUCGGUACAAGGAACAUGAAGAUGGCUAUAUGCGGCUGCAGCUGGUUCGCUACGAGAGUGUAGAGCUGACACAGCAACUGCUGCGGCAACCACAAGAGGGAUCGGGCCUGGGAACGUCGCUGAACGACAGCAGCCUGCAGGGCAUUAUUCUAGAAACAGUGCCAGGGGAGCCAGGACGUAAGGAAGAGGAAGAGGAGGGCAAGGGUGGCGAAGGCACAGCCCUCUCAGCCUCUCAGGACAACCCCAGUUCUGUCAUCCACGUGGUGAAUCAGACCAAUGCCCAAGGCCAGCAAGAGAUUGUCUACUAUGUGCUGUCUGAAGCCCCAGGAGAGCCUCCCCCAGUCCCUGAGCCACCUUCAGGGGACAUCAUGGAAAAGCUUCAAGGAAUAGCUGAGGAGCCAGAGAUCCAGAUGGUUUGAAGGCUGCAGAGCCAGACCAUUUCUUCCCCAGGUCCUGGAGUUUGAGCCAGGCAAGUGGCAGUGCCCCUAGUGGGCAGCCAUUGCCAAUGGAUGCCUUUAGGAGUGGUGCUGAGAGCAGUGUGGUCCACUCUGGCCCGGGUUUGCAUCAUUCUGCAGACUCUAAAGACUUCCCUUUUUUGCCAGACUGCAUUUUGUGGGGAGCCUGAGGACUUUGGAUUCUUUGAGGGGAUCCUGGAUGUGUGUGUUCUUGUUAAAGAGGCUGUUAUCAGGCUUAACCAUAACCCUCAAGACAUGCUUGACCGUGAUUAAAUCCUUAGCUCACAUCCAUUCCCAUUUUUCGGGCUCCUUAGGCCCAAGGAUGGCAUGUGACUGGUCCCUACAAGGGUCCUUCCUUUGUCACCAGCCAAGGCAUUGAGAACCAAGUAGCCAUUUUCCUUUUAAGGUUUCCUCUACAAUCCCAAGGACUUUCAUGAUUAUCCUCAGGGACAGGAUUGGAGGCAUUGAGCGUGUUUAUUAACAAAUUGUUUUCGGUAAUAAAAGAAAUGCUUGGACUCUUA